CUGAUCGAGACGGCCGCUGCUCGCGACAGUAGCGACACGUUCAUACCGCGGAUUGUUGCACCGCGAUGUGCUGACCAGCGGCGUUGGUGACACUGAAGGCGCGCCACGACUCAAACAAUCGCGGAAAGAGUGUACUAGCUUUAGGAAUUAGUGAACUUUGGAUUUACCAAAACCUGUUCGUGAGCGUAGUGUAGUGUGGUGCACCUUGAUAAGUGGUCAGUGUUUCCUCAGCAACCAUGGACUCCUGGGGUAUCCUGAAUGUGGACACGGCAGCGAUAGCCAUCUCCAGGGAUGACAUGCAAAAUAGCUUUCGAAGGAAACAAGCUGUGACUAUCGAGAAGCUGCCCGACAAGGUGCUGUUGAACGUGUUCUCGUACCUGAGCCACCGCGAGAUCUGCCGCAUGGCGACGGUGUGCCGGCGGUGGCGGGUGGUGGCUUACGACACGCGGCUGUGGACUCACGUCAGCCUGCGACCUGAGAUCUCCGGCCUGCACGUGGGGUCGCUGGAGGCGCUGCUGGCGCUCAUCUCCAUCAGGUUCGGGCCGUCGUUGCGCUACAUCGAGUUGCCCAUCGAGCUGAUCACACACACCGUGCUGCACGAGCUGUCCGGCAAGUGCCCCAACCUCACGCACAUGCUGCUCGACUUCAGCACUGCUAUGCAGCUUCAUGAUUUCUCCGAGAUGCAAGCGUUCCCGACCAAGCUGCGGUACCUGUGCAUCUGCCUGUCGGAGGUUAUCUUCAUGGAGGGCUUCAUGAGGAAGAUCUACAAUUUCAUCAAUGGCUUGGAGAUAUUGCAUUUAAUUGGAACGUACGAAAAGAUAGAAGAGGAAGAGGAGGAGAUAUAUGAAGUGAUCAACGUGCAUAAGUUGAAGUCGGCCACGCCCAACCUGCGCGUCAUCAACCUGUACGGCAUCAACUUCGUGGACGACUCACACAUCGACGCCUUCAGCUCCAACUGUAUCCAGUUAGAAUGCCUGGCAGUGAACUACUGCAACAAGGUGACAGGCUCCACCAUGAAGACGCUGUUCCAACGCUCGCGCAGACUGACCUGCUUGCUCAUGAACGGAUGCAGUCUACAGUCAGAGUACGUGAUGCAAGUGGAAUGGGAAAAGUCCUCGAUUCAGGAGCUGGACGUGACCGCCACAGACUUGUCGACGGAAUGUCUCAUCGACAUGCUGAGCAGAAUCCAGAAUCUCAGGUUCCUGAGCGCCGGACAGAUCAACGGUUUCAAUGACACCGUUCUGAAGGCGUGGUUGGAAGCCGGUACAACGAGGAGUUUGGUGGCCCUCGACCUGGACUCGUCGGAUAACCUGUCAGACGAGGCGCUGCACAGGUUCCUGUCGCGCGUGGGCACGCAGCUAGCGGGGCUGGUGCUCAGCGGGAUGCCGCAUAUCACCGACCAGCUGUGGCAGAGCGUGCUGCACCUUCUGGCCAACUCCAGGAUCUUGAUAAUGGGGACUCAGGAGAGGUUGGGAGUAAACAUUCACGUGGAUCAGCUGAUGGACGGCAUCGCGAACAACUGCCUCAACCUGGAGCGCCUGGAGCUGCGCUGGGACCCGGAGAACCUGCGCUUUAGCGAUAAGAGCCAGAAGGCCAUUGACGUGCUGCGCGUCAAGUGCCUCAAGCUCAAGUGCUUGGUGUUGAGUGACGGGCGCUACUACGAGAUCGUGAAGGCCAACUUCGAGCGAGCCGAUCGCACCACACUGGUCCGGACCUCCACCAACUGCCGCGUCUCCAACUACUACCUUCUCUCCAACUACAAAGAUCUUAUCUUUAAUUAAAAAACUCUCGUCUA